AUGACGAGUCCGGGCGAGGCCGGGGCCGGCGUGCGGCUCGCGGGGCCAGGGCACAGCGUGGCGGCGCUCGCACGCUCCCCCGCCGGGGCCGGGGCCCCGGUCGUGGCGUGCGGCGUGUGCCAGACCGCUGGGUUCGGCGACAUGCGCGGGGCGCUGGCGUUCCUCGACGCGGAGACGCUCCAGCCGAGGGGGCCCGCCCUGCAGCUACGCUCUGGGGUGGGCGCGGUGGCGUGGGCGGACGACGGCGGCCGCGUGUUGGUCUUCGGGACCGACGAGGGGUCCGUCUGCGCAGCGAGCUUCGGCGCGGGCCCGGCGCCGCACGACGCGCCGCGCGUGGAGCAAUCGAAAGCGCUGCACGCGGCGCCGGUGUCGGCGCUGGCGGUGUCGCUCGACGCGGGCUCGGUGGCGUCGUGCGCGAGCGACGGCUCCAUCCAGAUCUUCACCGCCAUGGGGGAGCUCGUGCCCGCCCUGCGCUACACCGCCAGCCGCAGCCCCAUGCGGAGCUUGGCGUUCUCGCCGCUGCACCGGUCGCUGCUGCUGUCGUGCGGCGACCUCGGGACCGUCACGCUCUGGGACACGCGCAUCGCGAAGGCCGCAGGCAUCCAUCAAGCGAACGGGAGCCCCGUGCACGCGCUCGCGUGGGCCGACCCGGCCACGGGCCUCGUCGCGUGCGGCGACGAGCUGGGCGUGGUUUCCACGUUCGACCUCCGCCGCAGCGUGCGUGCGAAUCGUCGCGUGCAUGACGACGUGGUGCGGUGCGCGGUGCGCGUGGGCGCGGGGGCCAAGUCCGCGCUGCUGACCGCCGGCGACGACGGCGCGCUCGCGGUACACGCGGUGUCGUCCGGCGGGGCGGGGGGCGGUGCGGGCGCGCCAGCGUUGUUGCGUGCGACCUGCCGGGGGGUCGCCCCGCGGGGAGUGCGGUGCUGCGCAGUUGCGCCGCUGGGACAGGCCUCCGUCGCGGUGGGAUGCAGCGACGGCGUCUUGCGCACGGCUGCGGUGGCUACGUGA